AUGGCGCAGCCUCGGCGGCGCGGCGCUCCCGUCCCGGCUCUCCCACUUGUCCUCCUCCUCCUCCUCCUGCCCCUCGCCCGAGGAGGGAUCCAGCCCGGCAGCAGCGGCAGCGGCAGCGGCGGCGGCUCUUUUCUGGGAUCUGUACUGGCUGGCAGGCUCCGAGUAUCAGGUGCCAGGGGUCAGGCAAGGCAGGGUACAGCGGAGCCUUCCUUUAUCGCCAAAAGCGAAGACCGUUUGUUCAAGCACCUAUUUGAAGACUACGAAAGAUGGGUCCGCCCGGUGGAACGCUUGAACGAUACGAUCAGAGUGAAAUUUGGCCUCGCCAUUACGCAGCUGGUGGACGUGGAUGAGAAAAACCAGUUGAUGACAACAAAUGUUUGGUUGAAGCAGGAAUGGGUUGACGUGAAACUGAAGUGGGACCCGAAAGACUACGCAGGAAUAACAUCUAUUCGUGUCCCUUCAGAUUCUAUAUGGAUUCCCGAUAUAGUUUUGUAUGACAAUGCAGACGGUCGUUUCGAAGGCACGACGACCAAGACCGUUGUGAGACACGACGGCACCAUCGCUUGGACCCCGCCUGCCAAUUACAAAAGCUCCUGCACCAUCGACGUGACCUAUUUCCCUUUUGACCUCCAAAACUGCUCCAUGAAGUUUGGCUCCUGGACGUACGACGGCUCGGAAGUGGAUAUCAUCCUGGUGGACCACGAGGUGGACAAGAGGGACUUCUUUGAUAACGGCGAGUGGGAAAUCGUCACGGCGACCGGGGUCCGAAGGAACAGGUCGGACGGGUGUUGCUGGUACCCGUUCGUCACGUACUCGUUCAUAAUCCGCCGCCUGCCCCUUUUUUACACCCUGUUCCUCAUCGUCCCCUGCAUAGGGUUGUCUUUCUUAACCAUCCUCGUCUUCUACCUCCCGUCAUACGAAGGCGAGAAGAUCUCCCUGUGCACCUCCGUGCUGGUGUCCUUGACCGUCUUUCUCCUCGUCAUCGAAGAGAUCAUCCCGUCGUCGUCGAAGGUCAUCCCCCUGAUCGGCGAGUACCUGGUGUUCACGAUGAUUUUCGUGACGCUCUCCAUCGUGAUCACGGUGUUCGCCAUCAACGUUCACCACCGGUCCUCGUCGACGCACACCGCCAUGGCGCCCUGGGUCCGCAAGAUAUUCCUUCACCAGCUCCCCAAACUGCUUUGCAUGAGGAGCCACAUCGAUCGGUACUUUUCUCAGAAGGAGGACGCCGGCGACCCCGACGGAACCGAGCCCUCCAGGAAUACGCUGGGAGCGGCCCUGAAUUCCAUUCGCUACAUUACAAGGCACAUCGUCAAGGAGAACGAAGUGCGUGAGGUCGUCGAAGACUGGAAAUUCAUAGCGCAGGUCCUGGACCGCGUGUUCUUAUGGACGUUUCUUCUGGUUUCGAUUAUUGGGUCGCUGGCACUGUUCAUUCCUGUAAUCCAUAAAUGGGCGAGCAUCAUCGUACCGGUCCAUUUUGGAAGCACAAAUACAUAA